AUGUAUUCUUUCUUUCUUUCUUUUUUCUUUCUUUCUUUCUUUCUUUCUUUCUUUCUUUCUCCCCUGUCUAAUUUCCUUUUUUUUAUUUCCUUCUCUCGUUUCUCCCUUAUGCUACUGUUUUUCCUCUUUCACUUUUUUCUUCUUCUUUUCUUUCAUCUUUCCACGCAUCAACUUCCUCUUCUUCUCUCUCCUUCUUUCUUUAUUCUUUCUGUUUAUUCUUCCUUUACUUUCCUUUUGUUAUACUUUAUUAUUCUCUCCUCUAUCUAUUGUUAUUUUUUUCAUUUAUCUUCGUACGUUUUCAUUUCUUUCUUCCCAUUUUUCAUCACCCCUCUAUCUUUCAUCAUUCCCUUUUCUCUCAUUCCUAUUUCUUCCUCUUCCUCCUACUUCCGCUUUUUCUUCCCCCUCCUUCUUCUUCUUCUUUUUCUUUUUCCUUCCCCUUCUUAUUCUUCUUCCUCCCACUUCGUCUUCUUCCUCUUCUUCUUCUUCCUCCUCCUUAUUCUUCUACUUCCUCCUCUCCCUUCCUCCUCUUCUUCUUCUCCUUCCUUUUUCUUCUUCUUCUUCCUCCUCCUCCUCCUCCUUCUUCUUCUUCUUCUUCGCACAACCAAUCCCAGCGGACCUAUUUUCUUAAUUACCCUUCAUUACCCCAGAUAUUUUUCUCUUUCCCCUCUCCCAGUUACUGCACCUUAUCCUUUUACCCCACCCCUUCUUAACACCUUUCAUUUCAUCACUUUUCCCUCGAAAAGCACCCUCCCAUCAAAAUAG